AUGAAUUGCCGGUGCAUUUCACCACAUGGGUUUUGUAAAUACGGUGUGUAAAUAUUACCACAUCAUUCUUAAACUGCAGACACUUCUUUAAAAUACAGCUAGCUAUUUAUUAACAGCGAACGAUGCAUCGUGUAUUUUGCUCGAGGUGGGUAGUAUCGGGGGUGUCUUUGACUGUUGGCAUCGGUGUUGGUGCCACCUUGACCUGCGAUCGCCAUAACGAACCUCAAGACGGUGGACUUCUGGACCGUAUACCGAUCAUCCCGAUACCAAGUGUGAACGCAGCGUCCGAGAUCAGCCCCUAUCAGCCGGGACAGAUCGCUGUAAAUAAAUCCACCGCUGCGAUGAAGUACGGCUUCCCUUCGCUGUCAAACAUCAAGACCAGAGAGUCUUACGUGACCUCGUACGACCCCAGAAACAGGACUGCAGCGUGGGUCAUAGAGCAGCUCAACCCCGAGACUUUAACCGGGACAUCAGACAGAAAAAACUGCAAUUUCAAAGAGGACGAAACCGUUCACGUCUACCAUCGGUCGACCAAUUCGGAUUAUAAAGGAAGCGGGUUUGACAGGGGUCACCUGGCCGCAGCUGCCAAUCACAAAUGGAAUCAGAAAGCGAUGGACGACACCUUCUAUCUAAGCAAUGUGUCGCCACAAAAUCCUCAUCUAAACCAGAAUGCAUGGAAUAACCUGGAGAAAUACUGUCGCUCGCUCACUAAGCAUUACCAGAAUGUAUUUGUCUGCACUGGACCACUUUACUUGCCCCGACACGAGCCUGAUGGGAAAAUGUACGUCAAGUAUCAGGUUGUGGGAACGAAUCAUGUAGCUGUGCCGACUCACUUUUUUAAGGUGCUGAUUCUGGAAAAGCAGAGAGGAGAUGUAGAGCUGCGGUCCUAUGUGAUGCCCAACAUGCCUGUGGAUGAGAAGAUUCCACUGGAACGCUUUCUGGUCCCCAUUGAGAGCAUUGAGAGAGCGUCCGGCCUGCUCUUUGUACCCAACAUCAUGAAGAGAACCAGCAGUCUAAAAGCUAUCACUGCAGGGCCGUGAUGAGUUUACUGUCAUUGUACUACUGAGACUUAUCAUGUAUGUUACUAGAAGAGGAUGUGAGCUGUAAUAUUUGAUGUAAUGUCUAUAUCCCAUACAUACCAUUUUUAAAUUUUAGGCUAUCUUUUUUAAUGAAUCAUUUAUGCGGUGUCAAAACUGAAUGUGAAAAGGAAUUUAACAUUAAACUGUGAAAUGUUGCUUGUAACUACUGUUAUUAAAAAAUUUGUUUGGUGACUCCUGUAAAGUAAAAAUCUGUUCAUCAACUGCAUUAUUAUGUACAUACAUGGAUUAUUUAUACAAAUGUCUCGAUUGUCUGUCACAGUAUAUU